AUGUCAUCGUCCACAUUAUUCCGAGUGUUCGGUGACUUCGCAAGCUUCCAAGUUGCAUACGGGCAGGCUAAGCCUUACUUACCAGGGUUCUGGAAUAGAGUUGUAGUACUAGUUAUGCUUAUGUAG